CCCACUCCUUCUCUACCCUGCCGUCCACCCUACCCACCCUCGCUGCACUCUCUGCCGACCAUCCGUUGAGGAACAGAGCUCGUAUCUCAUCCCCGAAGCCCUCAAUCUCUUAUUUGAACGUUUCAUACCGGAAAAUCGACCAUGGCGUUUGGGUUGACUAUCGGAACGGAGCGGGCGACGACUUUGCAGACUUCGAUACAAGAUGAACUUACGAGAAGGGGCUACAGCACGGAGGCCGACCCAGUCAUGGCCGAGUACAUCACUAUAAUGAUUAUCAACAACAAAACUAAAGAGCAAAUAUCUUCUGAGUUGGAAGAUCUGAUUGGGACUGAAUUUGAUCCGAGUUUCGUUGACUGGCUUUUCGAAGAAGCCGCCAAAGGCGCGCCCGACGCAGCACCCCCCGUUCCCGAAGCUUCGACAUCCACUCAGCGCCGUGAAUCGCCCCCACACCUAGUAGAAACCACACGAAAACCACCAAGUGGCCCUCGCGCCGGUGCACCGCUCUAUCAGCAAGCCAUCUCCCAAGCUAUCCCUUCCACAUCCCCCACCGCACAGAAGCGCACAGCGUCUGCUCGUUCACCGUCACCCACGGGCCAUGCCAACAAAUCCCGACGUAUGGACGGGCCACCAACGGGUCCGCGGGCGAUGCAGCACGGAGGCGGUGGCCAGCGGAGUCUGCUCGAGCGUAUGGGCCCAUCACGUAACGGCCACCCGCCAUUCCCGCAGGACGACAUCCAGGCGCGGAUAGACAACAUCACCAAUGGCUCGCCCGACGCGAACAUGAUGAUGAUGGGUGGCUUCCCGAUGGGUGGCAUGGGUGGCAUGGAUAUGGCGAUGACGAACCCGAUGCUGCUCCAGGAGAUGAUGAUGAACCAGAUGGCGCUCAUGACCCAGAUGGCAGGGGCUAUGGGCGUCAUGAAUGGCGGGUUCCCGAUGCAACCAGGCAUGGGUGGGGAUAUGGGAAUGUUUAACGGAGGCGUCAACGGGAUGCAGGGGCAGAUGGGCGGGAUGGAUAACGGCAGGGGGAGAGGGCGGGGUAGGGGUGGCUCUCGCGGCGUCGGUCGCGGUAGAGGAGGCCCGCCUGGUCAGAACGUCGCGCCGCACAACCCGGACGGGGCGCCAAACGGACCUCAGCACACACAGCCGACACAUGCUCCCGCACCUUCAAUUGCGGCACCGACACCUGUCCAGGCCCCCGCGGUUACACCUGCUCCGGCAAUCAGGUUCUCGACAAGCGGGUCAGCCCAAGGUCGCCCGAAUUUCGUUCCCCCUGAGCGGCCACAAUCACCCACGCUUUGCAAGUUCGGCCUGAAAUGCACGAACGCACUUUGCCGAUACUCUCAUCCGUCUCCUGUGGCUACGCCAGAGAGUGGUGUGGUGCUGAGCAACGAGGCCUGCGAGAACGGCAAGAACUGCAAGGACAAGGACUGUAUCAAGGCGCACGUCAGCCCUGCUGUGCUGAACCCUCAUGCAGAACAACUCAAACCCAUCACGUAUUCGUCACCCGCACCUCCGACGACCCACUCGCACCCACAAUCCCAGACGCCCUGUCGAUUUGGCGCCGCAUGCACGCGUCCCAACUGUUCAUUCGCCCAUCCUUCUCGUGCACCGAGUAACGCCUCUGCCAUAUCAUGCAAGUUCGGCACGGCAUGCACGCGUGCGAACUGCUCGUUCCAGCACCCUGAGGGUCGCGUGCUGCCGUCGACCUUCCACCGUGGUCUGUCCACGACCGGCGCGGUAGAGAGCGUUCCUACGCCUCAGGCGGGCACCAUGGGUGCGCCCAGCCACCACAAGAGCAUGACAUUCAACAAGUCCCAGAGCGCGGCGGAGCUAAGCAAGAAGGUUAAGGAGAUGGAGGAGAAGAAAAAUGAGGCGGCGAAGGCGGUCGCGCAGGCUGAGGCUGCUGCCGGCAAGAAGGAUACGUCGACGGGCGUGGUGAUCAGCGCAUAGGUGCCCGUAACGGCAGUGACCUGCGAAUCGCAGCUCUUUUGACACGAUGCAGCCGAAACGGUUGUUCGGACGAACAGUAGAUAUCUGUAUAAUAUGUGUCGCUAACUGCUUUGUGAAUGUGGUGAAAUGUUUCGUCUACUUAGCUACAACUUCAGUUGGGUGGAAUACAGUCCUGGUGGUCAUCCAAACCGCCAAUCCCACCCUCUCCUGUAUGUGUGAUUCUCGUCGGUUAUGUGGGCAGAGAUAUCAACCUGGAGUUCAACACUGU